AAUUUUUCAGCAGAAAAUCAUUGGCAGCCAUCUAUUCAGCAGCCAUCAUUCGCCUUGUUCGAACGCAGAGGAAAAAUCUACUGCAGGUGAAAACGUGCGAGUCCAGUUUCCAAGCCGCGGAUUGUUAAGGGUUUUACAAGUUUUAAAGUUUGUUUCUUUUUAUUGAACAGUUUCAGUGAACUCCAAAAUGUCUGAAGAAAAGAAGGACUCUAAGGGAUCCGAAUCGGAGCACAUCAACUUGAAGGUGCUGGGUCAAGACAAUGCCGUGGUGCAGUUCAAAAUCAAGAAACACACUCCUCUGAGGAAACUGAUGAACGCCUACUGCGAUCGAGCGGGCUUGUCCAUGCAGGUCGUUCGAUUCCGCUUCGAUGGCCAGCCGAUCAACGAAAAUGAUACCCCGACAACGCUGGAAAUGGAAGAAGGAGAUACGAUCGAAGUGUACCAGCAGCAGACCGGCGGAAAGCUUUAUUUUUAAAAUUUAAUUUUAAAUGCGUGUAAAAACAACCAUCUAUCCAGAAAGAAUACAAAAUACAAUUCCUUCAAA